AUGGCCUAUAUUAAAAGAACACCUUAUAAAAAUGAAACUCGUAGUGAUGCACUGGCUAUCAAAGCAGAACUAAGUUUGAGUGAGCCAGAGAACAUACUCUUUUGGGCAAUAGCAUUAACAGCUUUUUAUGGGCUAGCUUGCCUAGGCGAGCUUCUCCUAACAACACAGCAAGAUGGGGAUAAUGUGCCAGUCUUUCGAGCCUUAAGAUUCGAUAAGGCCAACAACUAUAUAUUUGCCACUAUUCAACUAGCAAGAAUCAAAAACUACAAGCUCAAACAAUUAUUAUCUACGGAGGAUGUUGCUGGCUACAGUUUUAGAGCUGGUGGAACAACUGAGCUGGUCAUGUGA